AAUGGUGGCUUGGGCCAUUUUGGGGAGUUACUCCACUUUUCAUGGGUAUCUCCAUUGUAUACGGAGGUAUACAUAUUAUAAAACAUAUAUUUUUUCUUGUUAAUAUAUCUUUUUAUAACCGGGGAGGCUCAGUCAAGAGCCUAGGAAGAUAGAGGGAAAAUUAUAUUUCCUCCCCUGUACCUUAGAGGAGCAAGGAUGAGAAAAGCAAUCCAAAUAUGGUAAACGUGAAUUCUGAGCCAUCAGAAAAACUGUGUUUUAAGCUUCAAAAUUGAGGAGGUUUCCUUAAGUUCUGUACUCUCAUAAGACAAAAGUUUAUAGUGAUAUUAUAAUUAUUCUUAAUUCUAAGAGUUUGGGAUUGUAGGGGAGGAAAAAUUUUCCCUUCUGUCCUGUUAGGUUCUAUAGCUAGUUUAAGAAUUAAGUUGAGAUAGAAGAGAUGAAUAAGAAAAAACUUUAAUAACCUAUUUAUGCAAAGGAAUCUCACAAAGAUAUGAGACUCAAACGACGACCCAGACAGACCAGAUGAUUGAGACUUCCAUGCCAUCCAGAGCUCAGGAAAGAGCCAGAAGUCUGGAACAUUUGCAGUUGAGGGAGGCAAUUCCCAGAAAGGAAGUUAUACCUCAUCUGCAAGUAAUUCAUGAUUCGAGGAAACAAUUGUUCUCCUGGCUAAGAAAGCUGCUUCGCUUGGCUUUCUUUUCUCUGUUUCCAAAGGCUGGAGAGGAGUUGUCUAGUUGAGUUGUGACUGGUUGCAGGCUGUGGGAAGGGCUCUCCUUGGCAGCUGGAAUCAAAGGCCUGAAGAUUCACAGGACUUUAGCAGCGGCCAGCAAAGUGAGGACUGAGAUUUUACAGUGUAUCCACUUCUCACUGGAGCCCAAGCUCCUGAAGAAAACCCACCUCAGUCCAGUCUCUCAUUCACAGCCCAAUGGCAGUGUCGUCAGCCCUGGCAGGGCUCCAGGCUGAAGCCAACUGCCCCAUCUGUCUGGACUACCUGAGAGACCCUGUCACCACCGAAUGUGGGCACAACUUCUGUCGCUGCUGCAUCCAGCAAUCCUGGGCUGAUCUCAGCGACAGGUUCCCUUGCCCCGUCUGCCGUCACUCAUGUCGAGAGACGCACUUGAGGAGCAACACCCAGCUGGGAAGGGUGAUUGACAUUGCCAAGCUCCUCCACAUCAGCAGGAGCAAGAGGAAGAGGCGGGACGAGAGGCAUCUGUGCGAGAAGCACAACCGGGUCCUGACCCUCUUCUGUGAGGAGGACCUACAGGUGUUGUGUCCCGCGUGCGUGCGGCCCCCUGACCACCAGGGCCACUGGGUGAGGCCCGUGGAGGAGGCCGCCUCUCACCACAGACAAAGGCUCAGCAGUUACAUCGAGCCCCUGAAGAAGCAGGUGGCUGAUAUUCACAAAUUAAUAAGCAUUCAAAGCAAAAAACCCUUAGAGCUGAAAGAGAAGGUGGAAAACCAAAAGCUGGAACUACUCUCUGAAUUCGAGUGCCUGAAGCAAUUUCUGGAUCGUGAUCAAGCAGCAGUUCUGUCGAGGCUGGCCGAAGAGGAGAAGGACAUUCAGCAGAAACUGAGUGCAAACAUAACUGCAUUUUCAAACUACGUUUCCACCCUCAAAGGUCUGCUGAGUAAAGUAGUAGAGAACAGUGUGCUGUCUGAGGUAGAAUUGCUAUCACAGAUUAAACAUUUCUAUAAGAAGUCUGAGGAUGAGAUCAGCCCAACAAUUUUUUCAAUCCAGUUAAGAAGAGAAGGUUGCAGUUUUCCUCCCCAGUACUCUGCUUUGCAGAAAAUUAUUAAAAAAUUUGGAGUGGACGUGAUCCUAGACCCUGAGACGGCACACCCUAACUUGAUUGUCUCCGAGGAUAAAAAAGAUGUGAGAUUUGCAAAGAGAAAACAAAACGUUCCUUACUUUCCAAAAAGAUUUACAACCAACACAGUCGUCCUGGGUUUUCCAUAUUUUUAUUCCGGCAGGCAUUUCUGGGAGGUUGAAGUGGGAGACAAGUCUGAAUGGGCUGUUGGGAUUUGCAGAGACUCGCUUCCCACAAAGGCCAGGAGAUCUCUGUCAGCCUGGCAGGGAUGCUGGAGGCUUCAGCUGCAGGGGGAUCGAUAUAAUGCGGUGGGAGCUGUUCCAACACUGCUACUGUUAGACGUGAAACCCAGAGGCAUUGGCAUUUUCUUGGACUAUGAGCUGGGUGAGAUCUCAUUUUAUAACAUAACUGAGAAAUCUCACAUCUAUACUUUCACUGACACUUUUACUAGACCGCUUAGGCCUUAUUUCUAUGUAGGACCCGAUUCAAAGCCUCUCAGAAUCUGUACAGGAACAGAUUGUGAAUGAAAACUCCCUGGACCAUCGUAAUAGUUGUUUUGUUUUAAAGAAUGGAAGGUGGGGGCGCUCGGGUAGCUCAGUUGGUUAAGCGUCUGACUUCUGCUCAGGACAUGAUCUCACGGUUUGUGGGUUUGAGCCCUGUGUUGGGCCCUGUGCUGACAGCUCGGAGCCUGGAGCUGGUUUUAAUUUUUUUUUUUAACGUUUAUUUAUUUUUGAGACAGAGAGAGGCAGAGCAUGAACGGGGGAGGGUCAGAGAGAGGGAGACACAGAAUCCGAAACAGGCUCCAGGCUCUGAGCUGUCAGCACAGAGCCCGACGCAGGGCUCGAACUCACGGACCAUAAGAUCAUGACCUGAGCUGAAGUCGGACGCUCAACCAACUGAGCCACCCAGGCGCCCCUGGAGCUGGUUU